AUGUCCUCCCGGGAGGCUGGCACAGGAACCGGGGAGGAAAAAGAAUCCUCUAGAAAAACAGGUGAAGAGGGGAAAAUCCAGAAGAAAUUCCAGAGUGUGAUUUACCACGUGGGAUCCACGGCCGAGCACAGAAAGGCAGGGCUGUGGGGUGAGGCCGGGAACAAGGCCAGGAGCAAGGCCAGGAGCGAGGCCGGGAGCAAGGCCAGGAGCGAGGCCGGGAGCAAGGCCGGGAACAAGGCCAGGAGCGAGGCCAGGAGCGAGGCCAGGAGCAAGGCCAGGAACAAGGCCGGGAGCAAGGCCGGGAACAAGGCCAGGAGUGAGGCCGGGAACAAGGCCAGGAGUGAGGCCGGGAACAAGGCCGGGAACGAGGCCGGGAACGAGGCCAGGAACAAGGCCAGGAACAAGGCCAGGAGCGAGGCCAGGAGCGAGGCCAGGAGUGAGGCCGGGAACAAGGCCAGGAGCGAGGCCAGGAGCAAGGCCAGGAACAAGGCCAGGAACAAGGCCAGGAGCGAGGCCAGGAGCGAGGCCAGGAGCGAGGCCAGGAGUGAGGCCGGGAACGAGGCCAGGAACAAGGCCAGGAGCGAGGCCAGGAGCAAGGCCAGGAGCGAGGCCAGGAGUGAGGCCGGGAACGAGGCCAGGAACAAGGCCAGGAGCGAGGCCAGGAGCAAGGCCAGGAACAAGGCCAGGAGCGAGGCCAGGAGCGAGGCCAGGAGUGAGGCCGGGAACAAGGCCAGGAGCGAGGCCAGGAGCAAGGCCAGGAGCAAGGCCAGGAGUGAGGCCAGGAGUGAGGCCAGGAACAAGGUCCUGUCGACAGCCACGGCCAAGGUCCCACAGCACCCAUUCCCUGGGAGCGUGGGGCAGGAAGGGAUCAGAGCUCUGGGCAGGUACCUGCACUGCUGGAGUUUAUAAAGCUAUGAAGAAAACCCCUUGAUACUGAAAUUCUACAACCUCUUCCUGCACGUGUACAUCGACCAUGUUUUAACCCAGCACAAGGAGCUCAGCUGCAGAAACAGAAGGAAGUGAGUUGAUGAGAGAAGUGUGGUAUUUGUACUGGAGGGAUGCGACGCUUCAAGGCCAAGGUUGUAGAUUUUGAUAUCAACAUAUGAUUAUAUCAUGGAAUUGAUUUAACAAGCUCCAAUUCUACCAGAUACCAAUACCAGUGCUGGGAUUCUGGGAUGAGCUGCGUUUUUGCUUCUGCAUUUCACGCCUAAAAUGAGUCCAUUUUGAGUUCUACUGAAAUACUUCAUGUCUUAAAAGACUGUAUUUGCUGGAAGCCCUGCAGGUGGUGGUUGAGGUGACAAAGAGCACGUUAGGAAAUGUCUUGAGUCCUUCUCAUGGCUCUUCAUUCAGGACGUGCUCUUGCCUGGUGUGUUUGUGUGUCUCAAAUAUCGGUUUGUUUUCUGAUUAACUUCCUUAGUCCUGGGGGUUUUAAGUACAAAGCCAACUGUACAGGACAGGUCUGUGUGUAAAUAAGAGAUUGCGCUUAUCUAUGUGUCACUAUAAAUAUGUAAGAAGUUUUGUACAUAGGAAAGAAAAAAUGGCUCAAAGAAUGUUUUCAGAACUGUUUCCUCCGUUUAAAUGCACAGACAGGAGAUUGCCAUCCAUGUGCUCCUCACUCUCCGUGAAGGGAUCCCGCUGGUUCCGCUCGCUGCCCGCAUCCCGCCGGGGUCUGUGAGGAAUUUGUUCCCGGCUCGGGGCCGGGCUGGAGCCGGGGCCGCCCUCGCCGGUGAGCUGAGCUGUGUCGGGUCUCGGCUGCUGCUUCCUCACUCUGGCUCCUGUGCAUCUCCUACAAACACAGCCUCCAAGCCCCGGGACCGCGGCGGGCAGUGCCCCGAUCUGGGGCGUUCCUGCAGCCCCUCCGUGCCCGGUGUGGGGGUGCAGCAGCAGGAGGAGAGGGUGCCACGGGCCAUCCCUCACCCCAAACCCGCGUGGACUUCUUGUUCAAGCUGCUGGAGGAUGUGGCUGUUAUUUCCAGUAUUCUGCUCUAUAAUAUCUGUAGCCUUCAGUGAUUCCUUGAGUGCCUUACGUGGCUUGUGGACAGAAUUCCUGACCAGGAAGAGAAAAUGCCCCUGGACCGACGCCGGCUCCUUCGCACUCCUGUGCCCCUCGCCCCUCGCCGGCAGCGUGGGUGUGCACAGGAAGAGAUUUAGCUUCGACUCAGGAAAUCGCCGUGUGAAUAUGUGUAUUAAACCCUGUAUGAUGUGCUGUACAGUUUAUAAAAAGGGACCAUUGUAAACUUAUGCAAAAUGUAACGCAGAGAAAAUGGAGGUUUUUGGUCCACUGGCUGGCAUGCCAUGACCCGUGUCCUCUAAUCCUACUCCAGAAUCAUAUCCAAAACACAGAACAUUGGGUUCAGUGCUGCGACAGCAACCGACAGCCCGAAACCAGGGGCUGGAGCGAUCGAUUAGAGAAUUUUACAGAUAUUUUUGUAUUGUGAUUCCUAUGAUAUAUCCAGAGACUUUCUAUUCCUUUGUAAAAUACAUAAAUUAUUGUGAACUUUUAAUUAAAAAGAUCUGUUUUAAACCUUCAAA